UCUGUUGACUUCUGUUAUUUGAUAAGUAGCUACGUUGCACGCAAAUUGCAAUAUCCAACGAUGAAAAUUCGUUGAUCUAUAAUAACAUACUAAGAUACCAAUCCAUUGAUUCCUUUUACAACCAAACCCGGUGAUAAUUGUUCCCUCUUCGUAUAUUCGAUAUGGCGUCUACACGCAGAGGCUAUGGCCUUGUGAGGGCAAUGCAGAGCCCGACUCUAUCUUCGAGGGUUUGCUCUAAAUGUCUGCCAGCUCUUCGAUCUCCCAGAAAUAUAAGGGCUUUGAGUACGACGAGCGCCAGAACAACGUCGCUGGCUACUUUCAAGAUACCCAAAGUUACAAAUGAACCUAACCACAUAUAUGCGAAGGGCUCGGCGCAAAGAGCAGGACUCAUUGCUGCAAUUGAGACGCAACAGAAGAAGGGCCCAAUAGAAAUUCCGCUCGUGAUAGGGGGCAAGGAGGUCAAAACAUCACAAAAAUCUACACAGCAUAACCCUUCCGACCACAACACGCCGGUAGCCAAUUAUUCCACAGCUAGUCCCUCCGAUGUUAAUAAAGCCAUCGAAGCAGCCUUGGCCGCGAAGCCAGCAUGGGAGUCGCUCCCUUUCGCAGACAGGGCCGCCGUCUUCCUUAAGGCAGCAGAUCUCAUAGCCACCAAGUAUCGAUAUGAAAUUAUGGCCACUACAAUUCUCGGCCAGGGCAAGAAUGCUUGGCAAGCCGAGAUCGACGCCGCAGCAGAGCUGUGCGACUUCUUGCGCUUCAAUGUCCAAUAUGCUGAAGAAUUGUACGCACAACAACCUGCCCACAACUCCCCUGGUUUAUGGAACCGUAUCGAAUACCGACCGCUGGAGGGCUUCGUCUACGCCGUCAGCCCCUUUAACUUCACUGCUAUCGGGGGCAAUCUGGCAGGAACACCUGCGCUUCUGGGUAACGUGGUGAUCUGGAAGCCAUCCGACUCUGCAGUUGCAGCGGGUUAUUUGCUACACAAGAUCCUGCUCGAGGCGGGACUACCUGAGAAUGUAAUCCAGUUCGUGCCUGGAAACCCCGAAGAGGUGACUAAGACGGUACUCGCGCACAAGCAGUUUGCUGCACUACACUACACCGGCAGCACAGCCGUAUUCCGCAAGCUGUACGGCCAGAUCGGGCAGGGCAUCGCCGAGGCCCGGUACGUAGGCUACCCGCGCAUCGUAGGUGAGACCGGCGGCAAAAACUUCCACCUAGUCCACUCGUCUGCCGACGUCCAAAACGCCGUGGUCCAGACUAUCCGCGGCGCCUUCGAGUACUCGGGUCAGAAGUGCAGCGCUACGAGCCGUGUAUACGUCGCCAAGUCGAUCUGGCCCGAGUUCAAGGAGAAGCUAGUCAAAGAGACCAGCGCGCUCAAGGUCGGCGCGCCGUGGAAACCCGAGAACUUCAUCGGGCCCGUGAUCCACGAGCCCAGCUUCAAAAAGCUAACCGGAGUCAUCGAGGAAGCCAAGAACGACCCUGAGCUGGAGCUCCUAACCGGCGGCAAGUACGACGGGUCGAAGGGAUACUUUAUCCACCCCACUAUCUACCUGGCCAGCAGCCCGACGCAUAAGCUGCUAUCGACGGAGCUCUUCGGCCCGAUAUUAACGGUGUACGUGUACGACGACACGGCCGGCGACGCUGAGAAGGCGUUCGCCGAGGCGUGCAAGCUGGUAGACGGCACGAGCGAGUACGGGCUCACGGGUUCCGUGUUCGCGUCGGACAGGCAUGCGAUCCGCGCCGCGGAGGACGCGCUGCGCAACGCGGCGGGCAACUUCUACGUCAACUGCAAGAGCACGGGCGCGGUGGUGGGGCAGCAGCCGUUCGGUGGCGCGCGGGCUAGCGGGACGAACGAUAAGGCGGGUAGUAUCAAUAUUAUCAGCAGGUUUGUCAGUCUGAGGAGCAUUAAGGAGGAGUUUUUGCCUAGUGAUACGGUGGAGUAUCCUAGUAAUGAGGUCUAGUUUGGUGAGGAGUUACUAGGGGGUAGAUACCUAGGGUUGUGGUUUGGUGGUCGAUGGUUGUGAUUGCUCGAUAUCAAGUAUGAUAUAGCUCUUUAUAUGGAGUACGGCAUGUAGUAUGCUGAAUGAAAGUCAUUAUGCAUGAUAUUGUUAUCUUGCUUAAGAUUGGAUAUUUAGGUGCCUUAGGUAGAUUGUUGGAUUCCUCCGGGCAGUUUCUCCUUUAAUCCCAUUAUGAAUGGUAUUUUUAUAGUUUCGAUGUAGAUUAUGGUGACGCAGAUUCAUGUCAAUGCGACCUCUUUACGGGCAUAGA